GGUUAUCCAAGCCUGUCGCGAAGGUGCUUAUCCCGGAUUUCAGUGACUUGAAUGCCAAGACCUUUUUUUCUCAUCUCGACUUCAUUUUUUAUCUUCGUCCAUUUGAAGCAGCAUCAUCCAUCACCAGCCACCCCAGUGAGAUACACAUAGGGUCAUAUAGGAGAAUAUCUUGCUAUUGAAAUCAGCCAUUUCACACAUCAUGAGCUCCACAGACAAACAGGCUGAUUCGCAGAAAAUGUUUGACAAAAGCGAGCCCAGGUUCAGAAAUAAAUCGGCCAGUGAAUACAUGGACCCGUGUCAGGACUUUGCAGACCGAAGUAUCAAAUGUAUGCGGCGAAACAAUGGAGACAGAGAUAUGUGCACAGAUUAUUUCCAAGCAUAUCGUGACUGCAAGAAAGCCUGGGUGAGCCCUAUAACCUCCCAUAUUGUCUGCUUUAUGGCUGGUAUUUCACCUAAUCUCGGCCUGUUGCUUUCCGUUCCAUUAAACCAGAAGAAAACAAAAGGAACCACUAGCUAGGGAGCUGGACUUACCAAAGCAGCCUCUCUUUGUUAGCAGAAACUCUUUUGUUUUGAUAUACAACCAUUAAACGGCCCAAGUAUACUCUAUCCGGGGAUGAAACGUGGCUAUCCUUUGUACGAUAUCAGAAGUGUUUACUUGUACUUGAGGAAUUGUGUUCGAGCAUGGGGCAUGCAAAGUUAUUUAUGAAGGCGCAGCUGGACUUUAAACCGCAUAUUACGGUGCUUGUCUAUAGAUUUUCAAAGCCAGUCUGAAGUUUAACUAAUUGGCCAGGAGUCGGUAGAGACACUAUUAAUCGAAUUAUCGUCAUCGAUGGUGUCGUCAGAAUUUCACCGGCGGAUGGAGCCCUUUGAGCACUCAAGGACCCAAAAUAAACAUUUCAACGGUGCUAUAAGUACCUUUGGCGUUUAUCCUGGCUACUUUGUAGUUAGAGCCUUGACGGGCAUCUAUAAAUAUGCACUCCAUAGUAACUAGGUGGUCCAUUAGUUAGUUAGCUCCACCGAGUCCACCCAAAUUUAAACAAUGCUUAGGCGCGAGCCAUGCGAAAUUAUUUUGCUACCCAGUGUCUCCAACGUUCUUCACCAUGGCCUCCAACGCGGUAAUCGAGCGAAGGAACAAGCAGAUACAGGAUGCUAUAAACGGACAGAACCUGAAACAGGCAUUGCAGCUGUGUGAAAAGCGGCUGAAAAAAGGCGAGGACUCGUCCUUUUUGAAGGUAGGUAAAGCCUCACCAC